AGUUUCCGCUCAGCUACUCGGCCGGCGCGCUGAACCAGCCCGACCUGCUGGAGGCGAUGGCCGGUGGCAGCCAGACGGUGGGCGUGCGGACAGGGGUGCACCGCACCCCCAGCACCGGGCAGCGGCGCGACUGGGGCGGGCGCAAGGCCAAGGAGGCGCCGCCGGCGGGACGCGACGGCCGAGAGCAGAGGUUCCGCCAGCGGGUGCCCGUCAACACGAGGCUGGCGUCUGUGAGCAGCGCGGGCCGGACGGACGGUGAUGUCACAUCCAUGACCACCGGCCUGGAGCUGGAGUCGAUGCUGGACCAGACCACCGACCAGAGCACUGACGACGAAUCCACCGUGCUUGAUGCUACGGCCGACGGGCCGGCCAUCCGGAAACAGCUCGAGAGCCUCGAGACCAUGUACUCGGAGGUGCUGCGGCUGCUGGGCGGCCAGAGGCGGGGACAGCCGCCUCGUCUGCCGCGCGGGGGGCUGAACAAGCACAGGAUGUACGGCAGCCUCUCCUCCCUGCCCUCCUCCAUCGGCGGCCGGCCCACCAAGGAGCGCCGCCGCGAGGACCGGAAGAAGCUCAAGGACCUGAAGGGAAUCAACAAGAGGUUCCAAAGACUCGAGAGUCACGUGGUCACGUUAGCCAGAAGUGUAGCACAUCUGUCGUCGGAGAUGAGAACGCAGCAUCUCAUGUUCCAGGAGCUGGAGAGCAUCCGAUCGGAGCUGACCCAGCUGCGCACGUCCCCGGGGCGAGCUAUCCGGCCGGGCCGGCCCGCCAACGAGUGGGAGGCGUUCCGAGACUCGGUGCCCUCGCUCACCCACCCGGGCCGCGUGCGCAAGCUAACCAAGUUCUUCGGCGACGAACCGCCGCUGCUGCGCAUCUUCCUCAAGAAGUUGGGAUACGAGAAAUACGCGGCGCUUUUCGAGCGGGAGCGGAUCGGCAUGAUCGAGCUGCCCUACAUGACCGAGGACCGUCUGCAGAAGCUGGGCAUCCCGGUCGGACCGCGGCUGCGCAUCCUGCAGGAGGCCCAAAUGUCACUGCGCAACGACAAUUUCAACGUGUACAUCUUGUGAGGCGGCCAGCCUCAGGGCGGACGGCGUGCGCAGGCUGGGAGGCCCGGGUGACUGCGAUGUAACGACGUCGCGUCGCGGCCAUGCGUUUUAUGUCGCACAGAAUAAACGACGGAGUUUAGUAUCGUGAGGCGACGCCGAUCAGGUUGAUGCUUGGUGUGGUGCGCUGCACUGCCCAACCGCUGUAGCCAGCUGAGCGCGGGGGCCGAGGCCUCUUCUGCCAACAGCACGCCGCCUGCAUUCCGUGACCUCCAGGUCAGCGUCACACCGUCGGAGAGACGCAGCGGAAUGAUCGCGCUCCGUCUGCGGUGGAAGCUUGCAUGCGGUGUAGCCUGAUGACCUGUAUGACACAGCGCGCCGCCAGUUCCAAUCAGGGGACGGCCACGGCCACACUGAUGGCGGACACCCGUUCUAGGUGGUCCGUCCCGUAACGGGGGCCUGUACAUCCCGCCUUGAGGGCAUGCCUCGACCAUGUAUUAUGCCACUGUUGAGGGAUAUGUAUCAGUUGCGAUGACUAUGUUGCACAGGGCUCAACGUAAGCACAAUGGUGCGUUGCGGGUGAAAACCUCGAGCACGCCGACCGUCGUCCUCUUGGAGAUAGCCGACCAACUAUGUCGCGGUGCUAUGCUCGUGGUCGUGUACAUUUUCGAUGGAUGUUGUGAAAAAGUACUUUGAUUCACAAUUCAGUAAGUUGCGACAGAUUUUACUGUGUUUUAGCGCAUGCUGGAUGUCCUGCAUAUAAGUUAUAUCAAAUCCUGUGACGCGCCUGUACGUACGUAGUGUACACGUGCGGCGUGCCUUCAGAAAUGCACUCGGUAAUGCCCAUUGGCUGGAGGUCACCCAUGUCCGUGGUGUGGAGUGGGUCAGCGAGGGUCGGGGGCGAGGGCCGGGCGUCACUCUCCGCGCAGCGUCCGCAUCAGGACCGGACCGCCCAGUGAUCACGUGACUGUACAAACCGGCCUGAGGUACGCAGCUACUGCGCGCCGUGUGUGGACAGACACUGGGACGAGAGGGGUGUGUAUAUGCCACUGUUUGUGAGGAGUAGACGUGUCAUCGCCAGAUCUUAUGAGGACCGAUUUUUAUGACGAGGUGACGCACUCGGUAAAUAAAUGCAGACCCCUGACGAGAGCA